UUUUCUAGACGUUUUGCGUGGUAUCCAAAAGAUUUCGGAAGAAUUAUAUACACCGCUUCACAGCCACAAAGUCUUUCUUUAUGUUUUCUCCUUGGAACUCAUUUCGGCAACUGUGCAUAUACAUUUCUACUAAUCAAAUAUUCGACUAUGUGGUUAUGACCACUAUAUUGCUCAAUUGUGUCUUCCUAGCCAAAACAGAUUCAGUUGAAGAAGCUGAAUACAUUUUCUUGGCCAUCUAUACAGCCGAAAUGGUUAUCAAAACCAUAUCGAAGGGAUUUAUACUAAAUAAGUAUACAUACUUACGAAAUCCAUGGAACUGGCUGGAUUUCAUCGUCAUCACGUCGGGUUAUGCAACCAUCGGCAUGGACGUCGGAAAUCUAGCCGGGCUGCGUACGUUUCGCGUACUCAGAGCUCUGAAAACCGUAUCCAUAAUGCCAGGUCUCAAGACGAUCAUCAACGCCCUGUUGCACUCCUUUCGUCAAUUAGCUGAAGUCAUGACACUGACCAUAUUUUGUCUAAUGGUAUUUGCUUUAUUUGCGCUUCAAGUGUACAUGGGUGAAUUGCGGAAUAAAUGCGUCAUGAUUAACGAAGACAACGUGAAUUGGCUAAAAUGGAUAAAUAAAGAGCAAAACUGGCUGUCGGACAACGAAGGCAACCCAAUGCUAUGCGGCAACGUGACUGGGGCGAGACAUUGCCCAGUUGGUUACGUGUGCCUUGGUGUUGGCCCUAACCCCAAUCACGGUUACACGAAUUUCGACAAUUUCCUGUGGUCUAUGUUGACUACGUUCCAGCUAAUUACACUGGACUAUUGGGAAAACGUCUACAACAUUGUGUUAGCGACGUGUGGCCCGAUGAGCGUCAUAUUUUUCACAGUGGUGGUGUUCUUCGGUUCGUUCUACCUGAUCAAUCUGAUGUUGGCCGUCGUCGCCCUAAGCUACGAAGAAGAAGCGGAAAUCACGCAAGAGGAGAGGCGAAAAGACUUGACGGACUACCGGGACGAAUCGACGUUCAGUUUCGACCCUAGCCGCAUCCCGGUCAAACAGCUGCAGGACAGACAGAACCGGGACAAGAAGAAAGUGGAUGGCCGGAAAGGCAUGCUACUUUCUUCGGUGACACGCAAACGGAAGAAGUCGCGAAGACGUCGAACGCCGUCUCAACAACGGUCACAACCGGAACUGCAACUGGAACUGCAACAGCGAAACGCCACGGACGAUCGAGACACCUUGGACGGAGGAAUGGAGGUGGACCCAGAUGUGGAAAUAGUGGCGUCGUCUGCGACGGUGUUGGCGUCGGAAACUGAAGCGUCGGCGGUGGCAGUGGCAUUGGACCACGGUGAAGACGGUGACGAUGGUGAUGACGGUGACGACUCGGGUAGCCGUUCGUCAACGCCCCAACGAAAACUUUCGAGAUCUCCCGACCCUCCAGCACAACCGGUCACCCCACCACCUCAACCAGAACCACCGCCUGCCACUUCUGCGGUAGCCAAACCCAACGUGGCUGCCGACAGUCUGCGGCCGUGCGCUCUGGUAGCUCCUCAAGGACGAGAACGAUGGUUACUGGGUAGUAGACAAGGCAGUGCAAACACCAGUGAAGGAAAUAACAGGGAUUCAUCACUGGACGACUCAGGUGUAGUAGAUGAUCAUGAUGAUGGGGAAGCGACGUCGCAAUCACAAUCCCAUCACACUUCACCACAACCACAGCAAUGCGGAUACCAUCAGUUACCUCAGAAUCCCACCAACGAUAAUGGUUUAGCUGUAUCAAAAAGCAUUAAAGUGAUCAAAUGCAAUGGGCUGAAAACAAAACCAUUUGGCCGCAACGGCGAGGCCGAGUACGUGUCUCAGGUGGUGGUUAUUGAUGGUUUAGUUGAUCGAAAUUGUUCGAAUUGCAACAGAAAUUGCGUUGACUACCAGACAUGGUUGAGAGUCCAAAACUGCCUGCAUAAAGUGGUUAGAGAUCCAUUAUUCGAGUUGUUUAUUAUGGCAUGUAUCAUAUGCAAUACAAUAGUGUUGGCUAUUGAACAUCACGGGAUGUCACAAAAUGUACGUAACAUUUUGGAUGUUGGAAACAAGGUCUUCACAACUAUUUUUACUGUAGAAUGUCUAUUCAAGUUAAUUGCUUUAAGUAAUGAAUUUUUCAAUUGUGGUUGGAACAUAUUUGACAUGAUCAUCGUGACAGCUAGCUUGUUAGAUUUAUCAUUUGAAAUGAUCGAUGGUUUAUCAGUUCUUCGCUGUUUGAGACUGCUUCGAGUUUUAAAACUGGCUCAAUCUUGGACUACCAUGAAAGUACUGUUGAGCAUCAUCAUAUCGACCAUCGGAGCUCUCGGUAACCUUACAUUUGUCCUCAUUAUCAUUAUAUAUAUAUUUGCCGUCAUCGGCAUGCAGCUAUUCUCAAAAGAAUAUAUGCCAGAAAAAUUUGAUCCAGAUCCUGUACCGAGAUGGAAUUUUUCAGAUUUUUUUCACUCGUUCAUGAUGAUUUUUCGAAUUCUUUGUGGAGAAUGGAUUGAACCAUUGUGGGAUUGUAUGAAAGCUGAAGAGAAAGAGGGUUUUGGUAUAUGCUUUGCAAUAUUUUUGCCCGCACUGGUGAUGGGUAACUUCAUGGUUCUUAACUUGUUUUUGGCGUUGUUACUCAACAGUUUCAAUUCUGAAGAGUUAAAAUCAAAAAAAGAGCAAGGUCAGCAAGAAGUAGACGAAGAAAUGGCUCAUUACAGAGAAAGAUGGGCCCAUCAUGUUAGAGUAAUCAGUAACGUUUGCCAAAAGUGUAGAGCUCAAAAUUCGUCAAGAAGGUCCUCAAUUUCUUUGUCAAAUAUCCCAAAAGAUACAAUUGUAUCUCUCGUAGAUUAUGAGGAAGUUGGUGAUGGCUCUAAACUGGAAAGAAGUUUUCAACGGAUCCGUUCAAUUAUCAGGAAGCGUAAGCGUCGACAAUCGCGAACUGAGACAACUAGUUGUGAUACGUCUGUAAAUUUUAAACUAGAAAACACUGUUAAGCAGUUAAUGCGAAUCAAAAAUGAAAAAAGUAAAUUGAAAACAGAAAUGGUUAAUAUAUCGGAUGAUGAAAUACUCGAGCAACAGCAGAGCUGUGAAUAUGACAUAGAAAUUACCAACAAUCGUGUGGAAUCUGAUCAGAACGAUGGGACGUCAUUAGUACUAAAUGCCGGAUACUUAGACCAACAAGAAAAAACUGAUCGCCGAAUUCAGAGAGCCAUUACCGAAGAUUCUACUGAUACAGGAUAUAACCAAGGUCCACUCACAACUCAACAAACGACUGUAUUUGGUUGCCAGGAAUCAACAUCUAAUGAUUUAUUAUACCAUCAAAUCAUGCAGGACGCAAUGUGUUAUGCGCCUACAUUAACGAGGGACUUAGAAUUACCAAUGUUAGAUGAAACAUUUGAGCUAUCUGAACAUUACCACACUAGUCCACCACCCGCAGGUAUACAUCGAAGAUCAUACAUAUUGGCCACCAGGCAAGACAGCAGUAAAGAUGAAAUUGACGAUCAAGACGAAACGUGUUUCUUGAAACAAAAAAAAAAGGAUAUAGUAAUUGAUGAAAAGUCUAAAAAGAAACCUUGGAUAACACUUGUGUCUUAUGUGGACGAAUUAACAGUGGGAGGAAGAAGAGACUCCCAAGGAAAUUUCGUUGAUGCAGCUCCCAGUUUUCCAGGGUUUGGCAGAAAUAAACAAUCAAAGGCGCCACUAGAAUGUUUUCCUUUUAGUUGCUACCAAAGGAUUGGAAUAAAAAAAGAGUGGGUUGAUAAUUGUUUUGGCGACCGAUGGAUGACUUUUCGGCAGAAAACUCUCGUGGUAGUAGAUACUCCGAUAUUUGAAUGGUUUAUACUAGUGUUGAUUUUUGCAUCAAGUGUUACUUUAUGCUUCGAAGAUAUUUACCUAGACGAAAACAAAACGCUUAAAACUGCUUUAUAUUGGACUAAUUUUACGUUUUGCGUUAUUUUCACAAUUGAACUUAUGCUAAAAUGGAUAGCAUUGGGGGUGUAUAAAUACUUUAAAAGUUUUUGGACAGCUUUAGACUUCAUUAUUGCAAUGAUGUCAAUUUUUAGUUUACUAAUUGAUGAAAAUGAGAAUUUAAAAGUUCUGCGGUCGUUAAGAACUCUCCGAGCCUUGCGACCACUCCGGGCUAUAUCAAGAUGGCAAGGGAUGCGAAUAGUUGUGAAUGCUCUGAUGUAUGCAAUUCCAUCAAUUUUUAACGUUCUGCUGGUUUGUCUUGUGUUUUGGUUGAUAUUCUCAAUCAUGGGUGUGCAGUUUUUUGGUGGAAAAUUUUUUAAGUGUGUUGACGACAACGGAGACCGUUUAUCCGUAAACAUUGUCAAUAAUCGAAGUGACUGCAUGCUCCAUAACUAUACUUGGUUAAACUCAAAAAUAUCAUUUGAUAACGUGGGCAUAGCUUAUUUGGCUUUAUUUCAAGUUGCAACAUUCGAAGGUUGGAUGGAAGUAAUGGCAGAUGCUGUUGACGCUCGUGGUGUAGACUUACAACCUGAAUACGAGGCAAACUUAUAUGCUUACAUAUAUUUUGUGAUAUUUAUUGUAUGUGGAGCAUUUUUCACUCUAAACCUUUUCAUCGGUGUUAUAAUUGAUAACUUUAACAUGCUUAAAAAAAAGUACGAAGGCGGAGUAUUAGAAAUGUUCUUGACUGAAAGUCAAAAGCAUUAUUACACAGCCAUGAAAAAACUAGGCCGGAAAAAGCCACAAAAAGUAAUUAAGCGACCAGUCAAUCAAUUUAUGGCAAUAUUUUACGACUUAUCAAAUUCACGAAGGUUUGAGAUAGCAAUUUUCGUAUUGAUUUUUUUAAACAUGCUGACAAUGGGUAUUGAACAUUACAAUCAGCCUGAUCCGGUGUUUUUCAUAUUAGAAGUCUGUAACGCAUUUUUUACUACCGUUUUUGGAUUAGAGGCUUUAGUGAAAAUUAUUGGUCUUCGAUUUCAUUAUUUUACUGUUCCUUGGAAUGUUUUUGAUUUUUUGCUCGUCUUAGCAUCCGUUCUUGGUAUACUUAUGGAAGAUAUUAUGAUCGAUUUUCCAGUGUCACCAACACUUUUAAGAGUAGUUCGCGUGUUCAGGAUUGGUAGAAUAUUACGAUUGAUUAAGGCCGCCAAAGGUAUACGGAAACUGUUAUUUGCCUUAAUAGUUUCUUUACCGGCACUUUUCAAUAUUGGCGCACUACUUGGUCUGAUUACUUUCAUAUACGCCAUAAUCGGUAUGUCUGUUUUCGGGCAUGUCAAAAAACAAAAAGCAAUUAAUGACAUGGUAAACUUUGAGACUUUUGGUAGAAGUAUGCAACUGCUGUUCCGGCUGAUGACAUCGGCCGGUUGGAAUGACGUACUUGAAUCACUAAUGGUACAACCACCGGAUUGUGAACUUGAAUCUCCAGGACUUCCGAACGGCAAUUGCGGACAUCCUAUUCUCGCGAUUACAUACUUUACGAGUUUCAUCAUAAUAAGCUACAUGAUCGUAAUAAAUAUGUACAUAGCUAUUAUAUUAGAAAACUUUAACCAAGCUCACCAGGAAGAAGAAAUCGGCAUUGUAGAGGACGAUCUCGAAAUGUUUUACAUCCGAUGGUCUAAAUACGACCCACAUGCAACGCAGUUCAUAGCGUUCAAUCAAAUAUCAGAUUUCAUUGCAAGUUUGGACCCGCCAUUGGGCAUACCUAAGCCAAAUAUCGUGGCCUUGGUCAGUUUCAAUUUGCCAAUUGCGAGAGGCAACAAGAUACAUUGCUUGGAUAUACUCCAUGCACUCGUCAAACACGUGCUUGGUCAUGUCGACGAAACAGACGAAUUCAAAAAACUACGAGAUCAAAUGGAUGUGAAGUUUAAAAAACAAUUUCCAACACGUAAGGAACUAGAAAUCGUGUCAUCCACGCGUCUGUGGAAACGCCAAGAUAAAGCCGCAAGACUAAUACAAAGAAGUUACCGAAACUUCCGAAGGCGGAAAAAAGACUUAACGGACUUAUGUUCGGAUACUCAGUCUUCAAGUCCCGGAGGUUGGCAGUCACGUCUUUCGUCGUUCCUACAUGUUAAAGGCAUGUCAAUCAGUGGUAUCGGAGGAGGUAUCGGUAGUAAUUCUAGAGCUUCGUCCAGAAAAUCGUCGAGAGCCUCCGACACAUCUGACAUAUCUGAACUAGGAGCGUCGCUCUGGCUUAACCUACCAUUGUUUUUAUUAUCUAACGCUCAGUUAGACGCGACAAGUAAAAGCGAAGAACAGUCACCCAAGAAAAAAUCACAGUAAGUCACUAGAGAUUAGU